AUGAAGUACCACUGGAAGAGUCCCAUAGACACGUCACCACCCGAGUCGCAUCCCGAGAAGGACGACCCGACAACGUCCGCGCGCAAACCUCCCUCGCCAGACCACGCAUCCAAAACCCCACCUCGAGACUUCAAGGCUUUCAUCGCAGCGAUUAAAGAUGCGUUCAACGACAUUCGCCCGAAGAUCAGAGACGCAACCUCCUCGGCGCUUCCGAACGAAGACUUAAGCAACAUGUGCGAGCUGUGCGAGGACUGCGCCCAGGAGACCGCGUUAUGGCAUCGUUGUCGCCGAGACUUCGGCCACAAGAAUCGCCUCGACGCAGAGAGAUUCUUACAGCCAAGGCCUCGUAUAGGCGUAGACGAGCAGGGACAUGCGUUUCACGACCGGAGCGCAUGCCAAUCGGAGAUAUACCCACCGAAACGGACGGUAAAGGAGGCCACCGUAAUGGGUCACCUCGGCCUCCAUUUCUUCGAAGAGGUUGAAAGCGAUGUGCUGGUCCUUCCGGUGCCCCUCUAUCCUCGGCGACCUCGGGUGUUCGCCGAGCAAUGCAAACUCCAGUUUCAUCAUAUUCCGCAGACAGUCUAUAAUGUGCUGGAACGUUGGCAUCUCGGCUAUGGAAGGUGUCUCGAUUGCAUCAUGAGGGCCAUGCGAACGUUUCCCCCUUGGAUUGUGAAAGCUUUCACCGAGGAACGAUUCAACGACGGUGACCCCGUCUUCGCGAACAGCGCGGACGACGAGGUGGCGGAGUGGGACGAGGUACGAAGACGAUGGCGACUUCUUGUACUCGAUCACUACCGCUGGGUGCCGGUCCAUGACUUGGAGGAACGACCUAGCGAUGCCACUGCUAACCCCAAGAUUCUCAACGGAACUAUCGAUACCCCUCUACCCAUCAGAUGCUGGGGUUAA